AUGGCGUCAUUGCGCGAACUAAGCAAGAUCGAGCGAGGGUACAUUGAUUCCAUGGCCAAUAUGGAGUCUUUUGUUGCCAAUUUCAAUGCACAGCGGGAUCAAGCGAAAAUUGCUUCACGUUUGGAGCAUGUGGAAACGUUGUUCAAAGAGUUUCGGGAUAAUCGAGCGAAACUUGAAGCGAGACAGGAGCAAGAUUUAGCACUUACUGCUAGUGCUGAAGGCAAGGACGUUCACCUUAAGAAGGACGUGGAAUCGGCCAACAGGAAAACUCGGUUGGACUUUGAAAAUCAAUACUUCGAUGUGAAAGAUUUCCUCUCUUCGCAUCGAGUCAUUCCGACAGCUGCAGCCUCUUCUUCCUCUCAGCCCUGCCAAACCCCUACAUCCCGAGUUCACCUUCCAGUAUUCAAAAUUCCUUCCUUUGACGGUAGUGUGAAAGAUUGGUUGAGUUUCCGUGAUGCUUUCCAGAGCAUGAUUGGCAAAGAUGUUUCACUCUCGCCGAUUGAUAAGUUCAAUUAUCUUCUCUCGGUGCUCACCAAAGAAGCCAGGACGUUGGUAGAGUCAAUCGAAGUUACGGCUAACAACUUUGAGGUGGCGUGGCAAAUGCUCGAACAACGGUUCGAGAACAAAAAGAUCAUUGCUCGCACGUUGAUGGACAGUUUUCUGAACGCUGAGAUGAUCAAACGGGAAUCUUACGAUGCACUAGUUGGUCUCAUCGACUCUCAGCCCUUAGUCGCAAAUUUAAACGAUUCCUCUGCCUCGCACUCGCAAACUUUCGCCACCGCACCCGUAGCUGGAUCCUCCAAUUCCAAGCCACUAGCUCUUCCUGCUAACGUGAAUGCUGAUAGUAGCGUUGUUCUCCUUUCAACUGCUGUCGUCAAGAUAGCUGACUACAAUGGAAACGUUCAAUUCGCUAGAGCCCUCCUGGAUUGCUGCUCCGAACGUAACCUCCUCAGUGAGCGUUUGGCGCAGAGAUUGGAUCUACGUCGGCAGAAUGACCCUCUUUCCCUCCAAGGUGUGGGACCUAGUGCUGCAACAUCGAAGCAAUCGGCGAUGGCACUCAUCCGUUCACGCUGUACGGAUUACGCUAUCGAUCUUAAGUUCCACAUCCUCCCGGAGUUCAAACCGAUACUGCCAUCAAAUCAGACGACGGUAGCCAACUGGAACAUUCCAUCAUUUGUUCAGCUCGCCGAUCCUCGUUUCUUCGAGCCCAACCGCAUCGAUGCUAUCAUCGGGGCUGAAGUCUACUAUCGUCUACUGCUGGAAGGUUUCGUCAAUCUCGGCCCGGAGCUGCCCCACUUGAAGGAAACGGUUUUUGGGUGGAUAGUUUCCGGAAAAUGCAACACGGUGGAUUCAAGCAGAUCUGCCACUACUCUUGUCUGCAGCAAUGCUGAUUUGGAAACCCAACUAGCUCGUUUCUGGGAGAUUGAGUCAUGUCACUCCAACGAGACACUUUCCGUGGAAGAACGGAAAUGCGAAACUCUCUUUACAGCUACCACGACCCGAGAUCCCACCGGACGAUUUGUGGUUUCGUUGCCAAAGAAACCAGACGUUCUUGAACAGUUAGGAGAGUCUCGACACAUCGCUAUUCGUCGUUUUCUGUCGCUCGAACGGCGACUUCAGUUGAAUCCUGCGCUAAUGGAAGCCUACGAAGCGUUCAUUCAGGAGUACAUCCAGUUGGGACAUAUGGCGCCGAUCGACCCAACGUUACGACGAAACUCCGUGUCGUCUUUGACGCUUCAUGCCCCACUGACACUGGCGUCUCACUACGCUCUCAUGGUGGGCCCAGUCGUUCAAGACGAGCUGUAUAGUAUCAUCCUACGAUUUCGAAUACCUCGCUUUGUCAUCGUUGCUGAUCUGGAAAAAACGUACCGGCAACUGCUGGUAUACUUCAUCGAUCGUCUUCUGCAGCGCAUCGUGUUUCGUUCCUCGCCUUCGGAACCCUUAGAAACUUACGAGUUGCUGACGAUUACUUACGGUACAGCCUCGGCCCCGUACCUUGCGACGCGUUGUCUCCAGCAACUCGCCUCUGACGGUGAAUCGACCCACCCCAUAGCAGCUAAGGUGCUAUCGAAGAAUUUUUACAUCGACGACCUGCUUUGCGGGGUGGCUUCUGAAGAAGAAGGGAUCGAACUAUGCCGGCAACUGAUCGACCUCCUACAAUCGGCCGGAUUCAAGCUGCACAAAUGGGCAUCGAACAGUCCGACGAUUCUCCAGAAUAUUCCAGCGGAACUUCGCGAAGACCGGAACCUAUUGGAACUCGAUUCGUCAUCAACGCCUGUGAAAACCUUGGGGCUAUUGUGGCAGCCAGUCGAAGACGUCUUCCGCUUCAAAAUACCUGCCUGGUCCCACGACACUCCAAUAACCAAACGAUUGGUACUUUCUGAGGCAGCCCGCUUGUUCGACCCUCUUGGCCUAGUGGGGCCAAUCGUGUUAAGAUCCAAACUCUUCAUGCAGGAGUUGUGGAGGACGAAAGUUUCAUGGGAUAACCCACUGAAUGACCACCAACAACAAUUCUGGAAUUCCUUCCGGAGCGACCUCGAAGUACUCGAUUCAUUCACAGUCCCACGGUGGGCGGCUCCCUGCCUAGAUCUUGCCAACGUUGAGCUACAUGGGUUCAGCGACGCUUCCGAAAGCGCAUACGGCGCUUGCAUAUAUAUCCGUACAAUGUCGUCUAGCGGAAACGUAUCGGUGCACUUGCUCACAGCGAAGUCCAAAGUCGCACCGAAGGGAACCGAGAAGCUUGACCCUACUAUUCGCUUGCCUCGUCUCGAGCUCUGUGGAGCACUUCUCCUGAGUCACUUGUUCGAAAAGGUGGAAAGCAGUCUACAAAUCAAAGCCCGUCCAUUCUUCUGGACUGAUUCAACGAUUGUCGUCCACUGGUUGGCCGCUUCGCCGUCUCGCUGGAAGAAAUUUGUUGGCAACCGUGUGGCCGAAAUCCAGCAAAUCACUGCUUCCGGAAUAUGGAGACACGUCCCAGGUAUCGAGAAUCCAGCAGAUGUCAUAUCCCGUGGAAUGCUAGCAAUGGAGCUUGUGGAACACACGCUGUGGUGGCAAGGACCCCAGUGGUUGCAACAACCUAACAGAUUUUGGCCCGGUCUGGUUCGAACUUCCGACGAUCUCUUCAGCAAAGAGCAACUCCAGGAUAGACCUACGGUUUCCCUGCCAACAGUCGUACAAAGCACCAUAUUCACACUUAAAUCAUCCCUCUCCAGUCUCGUUCGCUUGGUUGCCUACAUCCGAAGAUUCUGCAGCAAUACGAAGACGCAUAACCAAGAAACCAAGAGAUUCGGACCCCUGUCUACGGCUGAAUUGGAAAACGCGCUAGUCAAUUUGGUCAAACUUGCCCAGCAAGAAUCGUUCGUGGAAGAUCUGCAGUCCGUCCGCACCACCGGUCAAGUGAAGUCUACGUCAAAACUGAAGGCACUAUCUCCAGUGCUAGUAAAUGGUGUUCUUCGCACGAGAGGUCGCCUCAACAACGCAGCGAUACCGUAUGCUCAAAAGCAGCCGAUGAUCCUGGAUAACAAGCAUCCGUUCACUCUUCUAGUCGUUCGGUAUUAUCACCUUAGUCAUCUGCACGCUGGACCUACGCUCCUCAUAGCAAUCGUUCGUGCUAAGUUUUGGCCUCUUCGGCUGCGUGAUGUCGUACGAAAAGUCACGCACGAAUGCGUCACCUGCUUCCGCAACCGUCCAAGUUUCAACGAGCAGAUCAUGGCAGACUUACCAUCGGUUCGAGUAACACCAACCUUACCGUUCCUGAAUACCGGAGUUGAUUUCUGCGGUCCAUUCUAUCUUCGGCCACCUACCCGGAAAGCUGCUCCGCCGAAAUCGUUCGUGGCAGUAUUCGUUUGUCUAUCAACCAAGGCAAUACACCUCGAGUUGGUAGGCAACCUAUCCGCAGAUUCGUUCAUCGCCUCCUUGAAGAGGUUCGCAGCACGCCGAGGAGUACCACAGACCAUCUACUGUGACAAUGCAACCAACUUUGUCGGAGCUCGACGAACGCUAAACGAAUUCCUGCAGCUGUUUCACACCCAACAGAACCGCCAGGAUGUUACACGACAGUGCUCCGCUGAGGGCAUUCAGUUCUCUUUCAUCCCUCCGAGAUCACCCCACUUCGGAGGCAUCUGGCAAGCAGCGGUAAAAUCCCUGAAGACGCACCUCCGUCGCACGCUUACGAACGCUUUGGUCACCACUGAGCAAUUCCACACGCUGCUUACGCAAAUCGAGGCGAUUCUCAAUUCCCGGCCUCUAACACAGCUUAGUAAUUCUCCCGAGGACUUGAACGUCCUUACGCCAGGUCACUUCUUGGUGCACAGACCACUGACCGCAAUCCCGGAGCCGUCCUAUGAAGAACUACCCAGCAACCAACUCUCACAAUGGCAGAUGAUCCAGGAAUAUCUCCGUCGUCUUUGGAAGCGAUGGUCAACCGAAUAUUUAUCGAACCCGAUGGACACGUGA